UUUUAAGACGCAGAUCGCACAUUGCACUUUGUUUUGCGCUGGUGUACGUAAAUAAUUUAAUCUCUUAAUUAACCUUCAAUCGUCCCAACGUAAUGGAUAAACCGAGGUUUUUAUUAUCUGUAUUGUGUUGACAAAAUUGUUUCAAAAUAUUCAAUGUUGAAGUGAUCUUUCUUUUUCUUGAGCUACAUUAGUAUUCAGAAGUACUAAUUAAGUACGUAGAAGAAAUCAAUGUCUUCCUUUACUUUCUCAAUGUUCGUUCACGACAACAAACAUGUUAAACAAAAUAUGAAUAACAUACAUUGAUGAAUACAACUGCAAUUUUUUAAACUAUUUCACAUCAGUGUGAGAAAUUGAUAAGUAGUACAGUAUCUGGAGUGGAUUAUGAUUGUGUGGUUUCAUAAAUAUUCAAUGAGAUUAAAAAAGAAGAAAACAGUUAAAGACGACAAACGAUUAGAGACAACUAGUUUUUAUUGAAAAAUUGUAUUCCAUUCAAUUUCCAUGAUCCUUAAUUACGAAUAAGUCUGCGUGUUUAUUCAAUGAUUCGCACAGUAGGUAUCGUGCGCAAUAAGAAUAGUACAGUCUUGGACAAAAGUAGGAAGCUGAUGAUUAAUGUCACGGUCAGCGAGGUUCUCACUCUUGACAAGUGUACAUAAGAAAAAUCAUGAUUUUGUAAGCGAAACCGUGAACAGUGUUUUUCAAGAAAUUUAAUCGUAAUAAACGACAAGAUGGUGGAACCUAUUUUCGACUAUCAAUUUCGUUUGAUACUAAUCGGUGACAGUACAGUCGGAAAAAGUUCGUUACUGAAAUAUUUUACCGAUGGGAAGUUCGCAGAGCUUUCAGAUCCAACAGUUGGAGUAGAUUUUUUUGCUAGAUUAAUUGAUGUAAAAGAUGGGACAAGAAUAAAAUUGCAAUUAUGGGAUACAGCAGGCCAAGAAAGAUUUAGAUCAAUUACUAAAUCAUACUACAGAAAUUCUGUUGGGGCUUUACUUGUGUACGAUGUUUGUAACAGGGCAAGUUUUGAGCAUAUUCCUGAAUGGAUGAUGGAAGUUCGCAGGCAUAUUGAACCGCAUCGACCUGUAUUUGCAUUAGUAGGUUGUAAAUUAGACUUGGUUACUAAUGGAGGUAUAAGAGAAGUUUCAAAAGAAGAGGCAAGAGCUUUUGCUGAUGAACAUGGAGUGCAUCACAUUGAAACCAGCGCAAAGACUGGUGUUAAUGUUGAAGAUGCAUUUCGAACUGUUACACAAGAAGUUUAUAACAGAAUACAAACUGGUGAAUACAAAGUAGAAGAUGGUUGGGAUGGAAUAAAAACUGGAUUUGCCAGGCCUGGAGGUUUAGAUUUUAAUCUGAUUGAAGCAGAGCCUGCAAAAUCUUCUUGUUGUUAAGUUAGACUUUAAUUUGUUAUAAAGACUUAUAUUGGACUGGAAUGCAGUGGACUUUAGAUUUAUUUAGCAGAUUUUAUAUAUCGAUUUAUACACAUUGAGUACAUUCAUAAUUGUAUCAUAUUAAUUUUAAUUCAUGAACAAAACAUUAAUUAAUAAUUAAUGUUAUAUGAACAUUGCCCUCCACUGUAUUCUAAUUUUAGAUGAAAAAUUUGCUAUGAAUUUGAAUUAUUUUUACCGGAUCUUGAUUAGACACACAUUUUUUGUACAUAGCUUGUAUAAAAGAAUAAAUAUAUACUAUUGAAGCACGUAGACAUUGAACUAGAAUUGGUUUUCUUCUCACUUAAGAGACAGAAUACAUAAAUAUAAAGAAAGUUCUUGUCCAUAACAUAAAUCUAGCCAUAGAAUUUUUCAGUCUAUUUUAUCGUACGAAUUGAUUAUUUGAAUUGAUUAAACGAAAAAACAAGGGCUGUGCUUUUUUGUCGAAAUCACUUUUCAAACGCGGUUACAAAGUUGUACGAAAAGAUGUGAACUUCUUUGAUUAUAUGUAAUAUUGGAUGUUGGAUAUUUAUUU